AUGCCGAAUUUCUUCAGCAAUAUCUUCAACAAAUCUCGUACUGGCAGCCGCUCGCCCAGCCGUGACAGUCGGGCAACACCUGCGUCGCGGUUCUUGUAUGACCCAUCAGCUGAUGAUUCAAGCAAACACUGCAAGCCAAAGGGGGAUCAUCAUCUCAUCGUGCAGAGCCCCUUGCAUGGAUACUACAAGCGAGCUCGCUCGAUCAGUUCUACUAGUUCUCGGAGAAGCGCGAUUGAAUGGGAUCCCGAUGUCCCCAAUGCGGCCAUACCACCACCACCAUAUCACUCGAGUGGUGAUCCUCUCAAUGCAAAUGUAGCGGUCACUUUAUCGCGUUGGUCUUCAAGUCGUAAAAAGUCCAAUCCCGAUUAUUAUCGAACGCCCCUCAGAAAGGAAUCAAUGGAAAACACAUAUGAGAUACUUAGAAAGUUCAAUACGGUCAUACUCGUGGAUGACUCGUACUCGAUGCAUGGUGACCGUUGGAGAGAAGCGGGCGAUGCUCUUUGCAAAAUCGCUGAUAUCGCCAGCGAAUUCGAUGACGAUGGGAUAGAUAUCCAUUUUUUGAAUAGUCCGGAGUACGGCUGUAAUUUGAAGAGCAGCGAAGAAGUCUUAUCCCUAUUCGAUCGCGUUCAGCCAUCUGGCGCGACCUGGUUAGGACAGAAACUCGAUUGUCUUCUCCGAGAAUACCUCAAUGAACUCAACGAGGCCAAGCCACUAAAGAAGAUCAAGCCGAUCAAUUAUAUGGUGAUAACUGAUGGGAGACCAGAUGACCAACUUGAUUUGGAAAAAUCCAUCGUCGAUGUGGCUCGACGACUUGACCAAGGAAACUAUCCCCUCACUCAGGUCGGGAUCCAACUGGUUCAAAUCGGGAGAUCGAGGAAAGCUGCUGAGUUUCUACGUGAUCUUGAUAAUGCGUUAGAAAUUCGAUAUCACAUUCGAGAUAUUGUGGAUACCACCCCGUAUUUUGGAAGUUCAUUAAGCUCUGACGCUUUGAUCAAGAUAAUGCUAGGUGGAAUCAGUAGGAAGAUAGAUGCAGUGGAAGUUUUCUCAAAGACAUCCUAA